AUGGCUAACAGACAUGACAGGCGGAGGCAGGAGUUUGACCUUCAGAAUGAAGACAGGUUUCAGGUCAGAGAACUGAAGUGGACAGCUGAUGAUUUGGAGGAAGAAAAGCAGGCGAGACCAGACAGCAAGACCAAAGUUUACGAAACUAACGGUAGGCAGGAUAAGAUGGUAUUUGCCAAGCUGGAGAGCAGUGAGGAUGAGGAUGGUGAGGAUAUUCAGCCCAUAAGUGUCCCCCAAAGAAAAGAAGGCCAGGUUUCACACCAUGGGUUCAAACAACUGGAGAAAAGCUUCUACAAGAAAUUAAAGACUGUGGAGGAGCAGGUGAAGAGCUUGAAUCAGUUUAACAGGUGGGUUUCUAAAAGGAGCCGUUCUGCUUGCAAACAGCCGUUCCCUCUUGAAUGUGAUGAGGCAGCAUCCUUCAGUCCAAGUGACGUUACAGAGGACAUCCAGAAACCCAGCACUCCACUCAUCCUGCUUGGCCAAGCAUGUGAUGUCACUGAGUUUGUACCAUUAGAGUCAUCCUCAUCCCCUACCAAGGAAGUUGGAGAUGUGCGAGAGAUGCACCAAAGCAUCAUGUUCCCUGAAGGACUUCCCUCUCUUACCAGGGCCAUGAGUGAGAUAUUGCCACCCAAGAGCAACACAAGAGACCACACAGAGGAAUCAGCAGUGAGACAGCACAUUUAUCCCUGUUAAGAAGAAUGAGGGUAAUACUGAGACCUGUG